AUGACUAUCAACCCUACCUACCUGGCGCAGCGCACGCGCUCCUCCGUUAACUGGGGCGAUGCCAAAUACCGCGUCCUGAAGUCGUACCGUGAAUGGCUCCGUGCGUCCCCCGAGAUCCAGACCAUGUACUCUCUGGGCAUGCCCGUAUCCGCUAUCCGCACAAAGAUCCGCCAGGAGUUCGAGAAGCACCGCUACGUCGCCCAGAUCAAGACUGUCGAUGUCCUGCUGUACAAGAGCCACGCUGAAUUCCAGGAAACCCUGAACUACUGGAAGCAGCUUUCUCACGUCAUGAAGUACUUCCGCCCAGAAGAAGACCCCGGUGCUCGCCUACCCCGCAAUUUCGUCUCCGGCUUCCUCGAGGGCCGCAAUUAA